UUUAAUAUUUCUUUCUCUCUGCUUUUCGCCCUUCGCCCACCUAUUUUUCUUUUGUACUUCUUCCCGCGCUCUCCACUCUUUCUCAGGUCUAGAAAGUCUCUGCUUCGAGCGAAUUUCGAGCGACAGAGUGUCCUCUUUGAGUGUAGCCGUGUAUUAAUCUCACCCGCAUGCGAAGGGUUAAACGAAAUCACCCACCGCCUUCAUAUCGAUAAGGAAGAAACCCUCAAAGGCGACAGAUUUCUUGUUUCGAUACUGAGAUCGAGAACCGCACACACCCCGCAGGUGGGAAAUGCCCCACCACGAAUCACCUCCCAUGGCCCCCGCUAUCAUCGUCAAUAAAGCCGGUGCCGCUCCCCCGCCCUCGCAAGACGAGAUUUCCUCAAUACUGAGUGCGAUCUUCGCGAGCAAAACUUCACAUGCCUCUGUAGAAGCCUCGUAUGGCCUCACCACGCUCCUCCAGAACUCGGUCGGCUUUCGGGGACUCAGGGGAUAUGGCAUCCUCGACGAGAUCAAGAAGGCUGCCGGGGACAAGAAGAACCCUGUGCGGAGAGAAGGCGCCAUGAACGCGCUCGGCGCCCUCUUCGAGCGGUUCCCGCUGGCACAGAGGCUGGGAGAGGUGGUGCUUCUGGUUCAAGAAGAGGGGCUGGUUCCUUUGGCGCUUGAUGCUUUGGCGGAUAAGACUCCAACUGUUAGAGAGUCUUCAAAAUACGCUCUGGAUGCUCUGUUUGAAAAUUUGGGGCCUGAGGCCAAGGUCUUUGGGCUUCUGCCACUGCUGGUGAAGUACCUGGGUAAGAAGUCAGGGAAGUGGCAGGGCGCGGUUGGCGCGUUCGAGCUUCUAGGUCGCAUGGCGGAUAAGGCGAAGAUGGGGAUGGAGAGUUUGGAGGUUGAGAAGGAGAAGGAUGUGUUGCGGGAAGCGAUGGGGAAGCGGUUGGAGGGGCUGAUUCCGGUCGUUGAGGGCGGCAUGCACGAUCUCAAGAAUGAGGUCGCGAAGCAAGCUGUCAAGACGAUGAACGGUCUCACAACACUCCUCCAAAACGACGAUGUCGCUCCUCGGAUACCUCUCCUCAUCAAAUCCAUGGAAGACCCUUCUACACAGAGUCUGCAGAAAGCUAUUCAUGCUCUUUCGCAAACCACCUUCGUUGCAAUCGUCACCUCCCCCGUAUUGGCUGUCGUUACCCCGCUUCUCGAGCGAUCUCUGAAUACCCCAUCCACAUCCCAGGAAGUUCUUCGACAAACAGUUGUUGUCGUCGAGAACUUGACAAAGCUUGUCCAUGACCCCAUCGAGGCUCGUGCUUUUCUGCCAAAGCUGAAGCCCGGUGUCAAAGCAGUGAAGGACCGCGCUUCUUUGCCCGAAGUCCGUGAGAUUGCAGCGCGAGCGUUAGACGUUCUCGAGAAGGCCAUGGCGGAUAAAGAUGGCAACAUCGAGAGUGGCGCUAUCGUACGUACCAUGGGAUCCGAUGUGUCGAAGACGAUUGAGAAACAAGUUGCCCUGGUUGGACAUCUGCAGAACUUCCCUGGAGAUGCCGAGGUUUGGGCUCUUGCGAAGAAUUACGUUUCUAAAAUGGUUGCAGAGGUUGUGAAUCAACGAGAGAUGCAACGCAUUCCACAACUCAUUGCGCCCUAUCUAGACCCAUUAAUGAACCCUGGCGACUCUACCAAGGUUACGGAGGGAGUGCACCAAUUCUAUGUGGAAGAGGAUCACCGAAAAUUCGGCCAGCCAAUCAAGGAAGACGAUGGCGAAAUCGAGAUCGUCAAUGCAACUUUUUCCCUCGGCUAUGGUGGCAUGUUGCUGCUGUCACACACAAAUCUUCGACUUCUAAAGGGUCACCGAUACGGGCUCUGUGGUCGAAAUGGUGCUGGUAAAUCCACGCUGAUGAGAAGUAUUGCCGAGGGCAAGCUCGAGGGUUUUCCGCCACCUGACGAAGUGAAGACAUGCUUUGUUGAGCAUAACCAAGGCGAGGAUGCCGAUCUCAGCAUUCUCGAGUUCGUUUCGAGAGAUCCACGAUUCAGGGACGAGAGCCAGGAACGCAUCUCUCAAGUGUUGGAAGAAGUCGGAUUUACUGCCGGGCCAGAAGGCAGGCAGUCAAACCAAGUUGGCUCUUUGUCUGGUGGGUGGAAGAUGAAGCUAGCUUUAGCCCGAGCCAUGCUUAUGCGAGCGGACGUCUUGCUUCUCGACGAACCUACUAACCAUUUAGAUGUUGCAAACGUCAAGUGGCUCCAGGAGUACCUGAAGUCGCACACCGAGAUCACCAGCUUGAUCGUUUCUCACGACUCUGGAUUCCUGGAUGAGGUCUGUACCGACAUCUACCACUACGAGAACAAGAAACUUGUCUGCUACAAGGGUAACUUGGCAGAUUUCGUCAAAGUCAAGCCAGAAGGCAAGAGCUACUACACUCUCUCAUCAUCUAAUGUUCAGUUCAAGUUCCCUCCUCCAGGCAUACUUACCGGAGUCAAGUCGAACACGCGAUCCAUCCUCCGCAUGACCAACUGUACAUACACCUAUCCUGGAUCAUCGAAGCCCUCGCUCUUUGACGCGUCCUGUUCUCUCUCGCUUUCUUCUCGAGUUGCCAUCAUCGGUGCAAAUGGUGCCGGUAAAUCGACGCUCAUUAAGAUCCUCACUGGCGAAGUUAUUCCGCAGGAUGGGAAGGUCGAGAAGCACCCUAAUCUCCGCAUCGGUUACAUCAAGCAACAUGCUCUUGAGCAUGUCGAAAUGCACAUGGAGAAGACGCCAAAUCAGUAUCUUCAGUGGCGUUAUGCCAACGGCGAUGACCGCGAAGUGCUGAUGAAGCAGACGCGUAUCUUAACAGACGCAGACAAGGCGCAGAUGGAGACGCCAAUUGAUAUUGGUGAUGGCAAAGGUCCUCGUAAGAUCGAGGCCUUGAUUGGUCGACAAAAGUACAAGAAGAGUUAUCAGUAUGAGGUUAAAUGGUUGAACAUGCUACCGAAGUUCAACACUAUGAUUUCGCGUGAAACCCUACUUGCCAGAGGCUUCCAGAAGCUGGUCCAGGAGUUUGAUGAUCAUGAGGCUUCUCGCGAGGGUCUUGGCUAUCGUGUUUUGGAGCCUAAAGUCAUCUCGAAGCAUUUCGAGGAUCUAGGGAUGGACCCAGAAAUUGCGAAUCAUAACGAGAUUUCUGGUCUUUCUGGUGGACAGAAGGUUAAGGUGGUGCUUGCUGGGGCCAUGUGGAAUAACCCUCAUCUCCUCGUUCUAGACGAACCGACCAAUUUCCUUGAUCGCGACUCCCUCGGUGGUCUCGCAGUUGCCAUUCGUGACUACAGGGGUGGCGUCAUCAUGAUUUCCCAUAAUGAAGAAUUCGUUGGUGCGCUGUGCCCUGAACAAUGGCACGUUGCCGAGGGUCGUGUUACGCACAAGGGGCAUUUAGCGGUGUCAAUGGACCGCUUCGAAGACUCACGUCCUGGAAGCAGUGUGGCGAGCUCUAAUGUCUCAUCUGCCAAUCCCAGCACGACAGGCACACCGGUCAUGUCGGAGGCCGAGGGCAAGGGAGAUGACAUGAAGUUCAAGGCGAAGAAAAAGAAGAAGAUGACGAGGGCGCAGUUGAAGGAGAGGGAGGUAAGGAGGAGGUUGAGAUAUAUCGAUUGGUUGAAUACUGCAAAGGAUACUCCGAGACCCCCCGACACCGAUGAUGAGGCAUAGAUGGUUCUGUGUUUUGGGUAUGAUAUCUUAGACUUUGAGCAUUGGACGGCGUUUGAAAUAGACUGGUGGUAGCCGGACGGACAAGUAAAUGUGGAAUGGCAUCGAGCUCAGGGAUAGACGAGCAGAUUUCUUCAACAGUAGAGUUUUCUGCAAAAGAUUUCCUUGAGUCCCAAUUUGUUACUGGUGAGUACCACAUCGAUUCGUAACCUCGAGUCUGUAUUUCGUUGCACAUUUACGCUUUUCUGUGUGGUUAUAUAUGUGUUUAUUUAUUUCUCACCACGAGUAGAAUCUGCUGUGAACAGC